AUGUCGUGUAUGUCACUGCCUCUCGAGAACGGGCAGAAACUGUCCCACGAUCAGCAUCGGGAUGUCAAACACGUCUCUUUUAAUGGUCCAGAUACAGCAGCACCGGAGGUAGUUAUUUUCUUCAGCUUUACGCAGGUUGCAGUCGGUCAAGUACGUGGCGUUGAGGUCACCGAAAGCCAGUUCGCUGAAACUGCGGAAAUAUUUGAUGGUGCUUUCGUCGUCCAUCAAUUCCACAAUGUCCUCAUUGACAAACUUUCCGUGUUGAUUUCGACAAACGGGCGAAAAUCCUCGUCGUCGUCCUCGAUCUCCACAAACUCGUCGGUGGGGGACGGCGGGUUGGUGUUGAGCAGGUCUGUGAGCUGUACGUACUCGUCGUUGGCGAUCGAGGACUCAAAGUUGCGCAACUCCGGGGCAAACACGAACGGCGAGAGCUCGAACGUCUUGACGGGCGAAGCGGUCCUAUACAAUUUAGUUACUUCUCAGGACAUCCAAGAAUUGACCCUUGGAUGGCUUAGCAGAAGAAGCCUCAGCCUUGGUGUUAGCCAACUUCUUCUCAGAGAAGGCCUUGGCGUAUGGGUUGAGUCUGAGCAGAACCUGCUUGUUCUUGAGAGGGUUCUUCUUCAAGACGUGAGUUCUCUUUUGGGUAGCCUGGCCAGCUGGUCUAACAACGGCCUGGAUCUCAGCAGAGUUGAUCAAUCUAGCAACAUCGGUGUUGGAGACGAUGUUGGAUGGCAAGGAGUAGCCGGCCUUGGCGCUGUAGACGGAGUCAAGAGCAGCGAAAGCAGACUCGGUCCAGAUGACGAAUCUACCCAAGUGAGCACCUGGAGCAAGUUGCAACAAGUUGAGGGACUUGACAGAAGAAGUCUCGACACCUGGAAUGUUUCUGAAAGCCUUGACAAGACCCUUGUCCUCAGCGUAGACGACCAAUGGACCUCUUCUUUGGACAAAUCUUCUGUUUCUCAACUUACCCUUACCGGCUCUGACCUUCUUGGACUUGAUGACCUUGACAACGUCCUUGUGGGCACCAACGGCCUUCAAGACAGCAACAGCUUCCUUGGUCUUGGUAACGGACUCAAGGUCGGAAGAGACAACCAAUGGGAUUUGAGGAAUGGUCUCGAUUCUGUGACCUCUGGCCAAAACAAGAGAUUGCACAGCAGUGGCAGCAAUAGCAGAAGCAGUGGCGUAUCUCUUCUCGUUGAGAUUCACCUUGACGUGCCAUCUUCUCCAGAUCUUGGUUGGAGCGAACAUACGUCCACCUCUGCACAUGUUACCGAAAGCAGCUUGACCAGAUCUGUGGGUUCCACCACCACCAACUCUUGGGAUUCUGGCAACAGCUCUACCGGUACCCCACGACUCAGCGGAAGUUUGGUGACCAGCGUUCUCGGCGACAGCGUAAGCUUGUCUCUUGUUCUUGUUGACUCUGGUGAAGACAGAGUGAACGAUAUCUGGUCUGAUAGGAGCCUGGAAGACGGCUGGAAGGGAGAGGGAGGCAGAAGCAGCCUUACCCUCGAGGCUAACAACGGAAACUUGAGGAGUGGACAUUGUGAAUUAAAAGAUGAAAAAUCAGUGUUGAAAAAAUUGAAAAAAAAAAACUCUGCUUGGGUAGUGUGCUGGUGA